AUGGAUAAGUCGAUUGCCAAAGGUCUGAGCGACAAACUAUAUGAAAAACGGAAGGCUGCUGCCUUGGAGUUAGAAAAGUUGGUUAAACAAUGUGUCUUGGAGGGUGAUUAUGAUCGCAUUGACAAGAUAAUAGACGAAUUGUGCAGGGACUACGCAUAUGCAUUGCAUCAGCCCAUGGCCAGGAAUGCAGGAUUAAUGGGGUUGGCCGCGACCGCAAUUGCUCUGGGAAUAAACGAUGUUGGCCGCUACUUACGAAACAUCCUUCCUCCAGUGCUAGCGUGUUUUGGUGAUCAGAAUGAUCAAGUAAGGUUCUAUGCAUGCGAGAGUUUAUAUAACAUUGCGAAGAUUGCCAAGGGUGAAAUUUUGGUUUACUUCAAUGAAAUCUUCGAUGUGCUUUGUAAAAUCAGUGCUGAUACAGAGAACUCAGUCCGAGGGGCAGCUGAAUUACUAGAUCGUUUGAUCAAAGACAUUGUUGCAGAAAGAGCGUCUAAUUAUAUAAGCAUUGUGAAUAAUGGUUCUCAUGGUUUACUUCCAGCCAUAAAAACGGACCCGAUUAGUGGUGACGUUUACCAAGAGGAAUAUGAACAAGACAAUCAACUGGCGUUUUCCCUACCGAAGUUCAUUCCUUUGCUGACUGAGAGAAUCUAUGCAAUCAAUCCUGAUACCCGUGUGUUCUUGGUUGACUGGUUGAAAGUCUUACUCAAUACACCUGGAUUAGAGCUCAUAUCGUAUUUGCCAUCCUUUCUUGGGGGGUUGUUCACUUUCCUAGGUGACUCUCACAAAGAUGUAAGAACAGUUACUCAUACUCUUAUGGACUCACUAUUACAUGAAGUCGAUCGUAUCUCAAAAUUGCAGACUGAAAUAAAAAUUAAUAGACUGGAGAGGCUGAAGAUACUUGAAGAUAAAUACAAUAACAAUUCCACUCCAACUAAAAAAGCCGAUGGCGCACUCAUUGCUGAAAAGAAGAAAACAUUGAUGACUGCAUUGGGCGGGCUAUCUAAGCCGGUAAGUAUCGAAACUGAUGGAAGCGUAUCAAGCACAAAUGAAUCAAAUGAUGAAAGGCACCAAAAUAACCAGGAACAGUUAUUGGAUAGCGAGGCAUCUAGCCAAGAACCACUUCGUGAUGGCGAAGAAUACAUACCUGGCCAAGACAUCAAUCUAAAUUUUCCAGAAGUCAUUACAGUUUUGGUGAACAACCUAGCGUCUUCAGAGGCAGAGAUUCAAUUGAUCGCAUUGCACUGGAUACAAGUCAUUUUAUCUAUUUCACCGGACGUCUUUAUUCCAUUUCUCUCCAAAAUACUUUCUGUUCUGUUAAAACUAUUGAGCGACUCAGAUCCACACAUUACUGAAAUUGCUCAACUUGUCAACAAUCAAUUACUGUCACUAUGCAGCUCAUAUGCAAGCAAAGAAACGGAUGGCAAAAUCGCUUAUGGUCCCAUUGUUAAUAGUCUGACACUGCAGUUUUUUGACAGUAGGAUUGACGCCAAGAUUGCCUGUUUGGAUUGGCUUAUCUUGAUUUACCACAAGGCUCCAAACCAAAUUUUGAAACAUAAUGAUAGCAUGUUCUUAACUUUAUUGAAGUCCUUAUCCAAUAGGGACACGGUUUUGAUUGAGAAAGCUUUAAGCCUUUUGCAGAGCUUAUGUUCGGACUCGAAUGAUAAUUAUUUGCGCCAGUUUCUCCAGGAUUUAUUAACCCUAUUCAAGAGAGAUACCAAAUUGGUGAAAACUAGGGCAAACUAUAUCAUGAGACAAAUAUCUUCGCGCCUAUCACCAGAACGUGUUUAUAAAGUAAUGUCUAUUAUAUUGGAUAAUUAUAGUGACAUUACAUUUGUGAAAAUGAUGAUUCAGAUUUUAAGUACGAACCUAAUAACAUCGCCCGAAAUGUCCUCAUUGAGGAAUAAACUCAGGACUUGCGAGGAUGGCAUGUUUUUCAACAGCUUAUUCAAAUCUUGGUGUCCUAACCCUGUGUCAGUGAUAUCGCUGUGCUUUGUUGCGGAAAACUAUGAGCUAGCUUACUCGGUAAUACAAACAUAUGCGAAUUAUGAAUUAAAAUUGAAUGAUUUGGUGCAAUUAGAUAUCUUGAUACAGUUGUUCGAAUCACCAGUUUUCACAAGAAUGAGAUUGCAACUUUUAGAGCAACAAAAGUAUCCAUAUUUGCAUAAAUGCCUUUUCGGUAUACUAAUGAUCAUACCGCAAUCGAAGGCAUUUGAAACAUUGAAUAGGAGACUGAAUAGCCUAAACAUAUGGACAUCUCAAUCAUAUGUGAUGAACAGUUACGCAAAACAAAGAGAUAACACUAACUUCUGCGAUUCUAAUUCAGAUAUCUCACAAAGGUCCGUAAGCCAAAGUAAACUACACUUCCAAGAACUAAUAGAUCAUUUCAAAGCCACUUCUGAUGAAGAAGAGUACCCUUCUGAUAUGAUAAAACUCGACCAUGGGGCUAAUAACAAAUCACUUCUACUUGGAAAUUUCAUUGACGGUAUCGAUGAAGAUAAACAAGAAAUAGUCUCUCCAAUGUCCCCUAUGAAUGAGGCAAUUAACGAAGAAAUGGAAUCUCCCAAUGAUAGUAGUUCGGUAAUAUUAAAGGAUUCUAAUAGUCUACCAUUUAAUUCAAACAUGUCUGAUAAAUCAAAAAAAUAA